AUGGUGGCCUGCUUCAAGGGCUUUGUGGACAUCGUGACCCUGCUGAGCAAAUGCCCCUACAUAGACAUCAAUCACCAGGAUAACGACGGGAACACGGCCCUCAUGAUCGCUGCUCAAGCAGGACACAUCACGGUAGUUAACUAUCUCCUGAACUACUACCCCAUGGUGGAGAUCGAGAAGCGGGACGUGCGGGGCCUGACGGCGCUCAUGAAGGCGGCAGUGCAGGGGCGGAAGGAGUGCGUCACCGCACUGCUCCUGGCAGGGGCUGACCUGACAGCGGUGGAUCCGGUCCGGAGGAAGACAGCCCGGGAGUGGGCAGGUCUGACUGGGCGCUUCGAGACCAUUGUGCAGAUCCGGAGCAUCCUGCAGCGGCCCCGAGCCGAGCAGUUCAGUGACCAGUAUCGGCCCGAGUGGCCGGCACUGCCCGAGUUGGUGGCCAAGGCACUGGCCACUAAAUCCAGGCGCAAGAGGCUGUUGGAUAAGAUCUGCUCCACCUUCAGCAUCAACCUCCCGCAUGACCCCGAGGCGGACGGGGUGAUGGACCACAUGGUCCGGAUGACCACAUGCCUGGCCAGCCCCUUUGUGGCUACGGCGUGCCAAACCAUCUGCCCCGGGAGCCCCCCCGAGGUGGGCAAGCAGAGGCUGUCAGUGCCGGAGAUCCUCAAGGAGUACACGCCGGAUCCUGAUGCCAAGUCCGAGCUCGACUCGUCCUCCUGCAACGGCCAGGCUGUGUCAGAGACCCGCGUCCUGGUCCCGUACCGGAGCCCCUCCGGCAUGCUGAGCUUCCUCCCCCUGCGGCUACUGCGCAGGAACAGCGUCGUCCCCGGGGGCCACAUCCCCAAAAUCAAACUGGUCAAGGCCACCUUCCCCCCGGCCCGCCCGGAGAAGCCGCCGCGGUCGCGGAAAAACAAGAACACGCUGGAGCUGCCCAAGUGGAAGUACAAGGAACUGAAGGAGGAGAAGAAGAAAGCGGCUGAGGCGGAGGAGAAGCAGAAGGAGACGCCGACGAAAACGAAGACGAGCAAAGGGAAGAAGUCAUAG